GCUGAGGCUCGGGCGAUGAUGGGGAGCAUCGCUUUCUGCGUCGCCCUGCUGCUCGUCUAUUUAGUAAGCCUGACAGAUGGCGUUCAAAUCAAAAUAUGGGAGAAUAAUGGAAUCAACAGUUAUCGCAUUAGCAGGAGUAAGACUGCUAAGGUGAUGGAGGUGUAUUCCAUCUUUUCUCAAGUGCAAUCUGAUCGGAAUCUUUAUCCCUCUUCUGGAGUCCUUUUUGUGCAUGUUUUGAAGAGAGAGUACUUCAAAGGGGAAUUUCCUCCCUACUCAAACAAACUCGCUGACUCUAGAAAUGAUCCAAUUACAUUUAAGACAAACCUAAAAGGAUACCCAGACAGGCCUGGCUGGCUACGAUACAUACAAAGAACUCCAUACAGUGACGGAGUACUUUAUGGAUCGCCAACUAUUGAGAAUGCUGACAAAACAACAGUAAUUGAGGUUACAGCUUAUAACAGAAGAACAUAUGAAACUGCACGGCAUACUCUGAUUGUCAACAUCAUGGCUUCAAACGAUUACCCUUUACCAUAUCAGGCAGAGUUUUUUGUGAGGAACAUGAAUGUGGAGGAGAUGUUGGCGAGUGAGGUCAUUGGUGAUUUCCUUGGAGCAGUGAAGAACAUUUGGCAGCCUGAUCGUCUAAAUGCCAUCAAUAUCACCUCGGCUCUUGACCGAGGUGGGCGAGUGCCUCUUCCAAUCAAUAAUAUGAAGGAAGGGGUUUAUGUCAUGGUGGGUACGGAUGUGACAUUUUCAUCAUGUCUAAGAGAGGUGGAAACUCCUCAAAACCAGCAGAAGUGUAGCCAGGAGAUGGAGCCCAGCAUUAGCUGUGACAAGAAAUUCAGAGCCCAGUUUGACAUUGACUGGUGCAAACUGUCCUUGGUUGAUAAAUCGAAGACACCUUCUGUGGCCCACGAGGUGGAAAGGGGAGAUGGUAUCUUGCCUGAUGAUGGAGAGUAUAAGCCACCUUUGACUAACCUGAAGAGCAAGGAUUAUUACACAGACUUUGUCAUUACACUGGCUGUACCAAUUGCUGUUGCCCUAGUGCUGUUUGUCAUCCUCGGUUACAUCAUGUUCUGCCGUCGAGAAGGAGUGCAAAAGAGAGACAUGCAAACACCAGACAUCCAGUUGGUUCAUCACAGCUCCAUCCAGAAGUCAACUAAGGAGCUUCGAAACAUGUCGAAGAACCGGGAGGCAGCUUGGCCUCUCUCCACGUUGCCAGUGUUUAACCCAGUAACUGGAGAGAUCAUGCCACCACUUCACCAUUCAGACAACUGUGACACCUCCAACAUGCCUCUCAUGCAAACACAACAGAAUCACCCAUUACAGACACAGCUGCCCCAGCAGCAAGGUGCAGAUAAAUGGCAAACCUGAGGAAGGAAAACUGAAAGAAGCAUUUACCUGAUGAUUCCAUUUUGGAAGGUUUUUUUACAUUUCUGUAUACUGAGCAAAUACAUAUUCUGUUUUGUGUGCCAAUGUGUAUUACUUUGAAUCUACACUGUCACUGUCUAUCACAAAUUUUAUACAUCUUACUCCAGCAUUAAAAUGCAAUACUUGCUUUCUUUUUUACAUGUGUACUAUACAGGCAAAUUAAUUUUUAUUUAAUUUUUGCUAGAAAACUUUGUAUUGCAGAUAGAAAAAAAUGUCAUCAGUUACCUAAUAAAUAGCUUCACUAUA